AGAGAGAGCGGGGAGGGAGGGUGCAACUCAGUUCCACGCAGACGAACCUACACCGGCUCAGAACGAAAGUCUCUCCCGCAGUGCUCGCACCCACGGCCGUGGAUUCCUCGUCCUCGCGGUUCCAGCCGUAGGUGAGCAGCUGCCACCCCUCGUCGCGUCCCUCUGGUCGCGCUGCGCAUCAGCUGAUCUGCAUCCAGGCUUGGUCGACGCGUGGCCGCGAUGACUCCACGCGUGCACGCUGCCACACGCUGAGCCGCAGCAGCAGGGCGUUUCAGGCCGCAGAGUCCACCAAACCUGCCCCGGGGGCGGGAGGAUGGAGAACGCCAUGUGACUCAGCUGUGCCCCACAGUCGACAGCAUGCCUCACCUUCACCGGACCUUGGUGCUGUGCCUUUGGUGCUCGCUGCUGCUUCACCGGCAGGUUGCUGCUGACGAGGAGGCCGGGUGGGGGCCGACGCCGGCGCGCGAGAAUCCGCCGCAAAAGAAAGCUAGCUGGUUCUGGCCGUCUCUGCCCAAGCUCCCCUCCCUCCCCUCGCUCUCCAUCCCCUUUUAUGGGAGCUCGAACGGUAACGACAAGGCUGAAGGUUCAGCCUCUGGGGAGCUGAACACCUCCGAUGCCUCUGAAGCUCCUGAACGUCCCACCGCUUCCACUCAGCAGCUCCUAACUAGCGUGACACAGAUAAGAACUGAAUCGCCUCCUACGGGGACAUCAGAUUCUCCGCGAAGCAGCAAAGCCCAGAGAGACAAUGACAGUCUUGUCUCAAACUCCUACUCUCACACCAGCCGCUCUAUCACAAACACGCUGUCCACCAUCAGCACAUUCGCUCCUGAACACAACGCGACGCGCACCCGCCCACCGUGGGGCCCUGCGACUCCCGGCACGGCUGUUACAGCGCGACACCUUCCAGGCGAAGACGAGGCUGGAGAUUCUACCGACAAGAUCUCCUCAGGGAUAGCCCCAGAAACGAGGGUUCCCACUGCCCUGACACGGGCCGCUGCCCCAACAGCCACAGCACAGAGACCCUUCCUGGAGCGUGGCACCCCCUCUGCAUCCUUAGGGACCACAGACCCUCCUGUCAGCAUCACCCCCCACCCCGCAGAGGAUACGCUCACAGAAAAUCACUCCACUCGAAACGAGACUGACUCGGGCUUGACGGAGGAACCCUCAGGGGAACCCACCCCCACCAUGGAGAACCAUCACAGGCUGGGGUUGGAAUUCACAACAAGCACAACGCAGAGCCAAAGGGUUAAUGUCCCAAUAGCAGGAGAGCUGGAGGCCGAGGAAGGCGCGUCUCCAUCGGCUGCAGACGGGUCCACGCCGGCGCCGACGUCCCCGCAGCACAGCACAGAAGCGCCCCGGUUUCCAUUAUUCACCGUGGACUGGACGUCCAACCUGGUGGACAGUGACGUCACCUUCCUUCCAGACUGCAAUCGGGAGCGCGGUGGGAUCUGCAACGUCUCGGACGCCCCGCCCACCACAGCGCCCUCGCGCGUCCAACCCACGGCGAACACCACGGCCGCCAACCACUCCAUCAACCCCCUCCUGGUCCCGGCCCCGCCCAUGCUGGUGCCGCUGUACACCGACUGGAACAGCGCCAUGGCGUCCUGGGGCCUGGCCUGGGAGGCGCACGUGUACGGCGCCGGCUGCGCCUUCGCCAUGCUAACGCUAGCCUCGGCGCUCAACCUGCUCUGCCUGCCGCUCCGCUGCCCCUCUGGGUGCGGCUACUUCGCUCUGGUGAGCCUGUUCCUCCUGGCCGCCGGCGGCACCAGGGCGUUCUCGCUCCUGUACGACGCCUACGGCCACCAGGACCGCUUGCCCUCGGCUGAGGCCUCGCUCGUGCUCUACGAAGCCCCGUUCCCGUGCUUUACCGCGGCCUUCGGCCUGGUUUUCCUUCUCCUCUCCAUGCGCUCCAGAAUGCAGCUGUCCUACUCGGCCUUCCAGAGGCCGUGUUUCCUGGCCUGCCUGGUGGUCCUGCACUUUGCUGCUGCAUUCGGACCCGUGACAUUACUCAAGUUCUACCAACAGAAGCCUCCGCUUUGCCUCUUCCUCUCACUCAUCUCCCGCGGGGCCUUUGUGGCGCUGGCCAUGUUUCUGUCUGCAGCCUACUUCGUUUUCUACGUCUACGUGAGGGCCGACUCGAAGCACAUCUACCACCUCAACAACACGUCCCCCACCCCUGCCGAGCGCUACAACCGCUGCCCUUUCGCUGAGAGCCGGGACUGGGACCGUGCAGCUGCUACAGUUUGUCUUUCAGCACUGUUUUCCUUAGCAUGCGCCGGGCUGCAGUUAUACGCGAUGCUCAACGCUAUGGGUGUCGCGGGUGGAGAGGAGGUCUUCCACCCUUGGCCCUGGUGGGCUUUCCAGUUCAGCUGCAGGUUGUGUGAACUGGGGGUUUGUCUCACCUUAGCCCUGGUGGUUGCACAACCAGUCUACUGCUCUGACCACCUUCCAGCUGCGGGAAACUGUUGGACUGAACUGUUAGCAUCCAAAUCACCCAUCCUACCAGGGAACUACCAGUGGACCCUAAGCCAUCACGAGAAGCUCGCCAUCGUUGACACGGUUGGACUUGGGGAGACCGAGAGCCUUCCUCUUUACACUCUGAUGGACGAGAGGCUUGGUAGCAGUCUGAACGGCCUGGAUCUGCUUUAUCACAGCAACCGGGCCCUGGCGUACAGAGAUCUGGACUUGGAUAUGGACUUACAGGGCUCAGAAAAGCCUGAGGUUGGAGGCGAGGAGCCGUCUGGUGGGUCCUCGUCCACCAGUGACUCCACUGCAGAUUUGCGACCGCCUUCUCCGAUCAAUCUGCGCCGAAGCAUAGAUGAGGCGCUCUUCAGCGAGGCCAUCUUUUCCCUGAGCCUCUUCAGCCCUGCCAGACCUUUACACGGCAGUGACCAGUCCAUAAACAAACAGCGCACGCUUCCCAGCAAUGGCUUCGCUGGUCCCAUCUCAACGGACACCGGCCUCUACCGGACUUCUUCCUGCUUGGAGAUGGCCUCUAAAACUCAGCACCCUACUGCCCAAACUCAAGACAAAGCAAUUGCACGCUCCCAGACCUCAUCCUCCAGCUGCUCGUCCCCCGAACGAUGGAGGGACAGUUCGUCCUCCUGUUCUCUGUACCGGGCCUCGACCGGGGUAUCGUCGCUAGUCCUGUGCCCGAGUCCAGAGAGAAACGCUCGGCUUCAUCAGCAGGGGAACUCAAGCUACGUGGAUCCCACGGACUGCCCGGCCCUCGCUGACCCACAGAGGCGCUACCAAACACUGGGUGGAGCCUCGCAAGAGAGCCUGGACCUGGACGGAUCCUCUGAAGCCGACCGAUCGGUGCAGGAGGAGUUCAUCAGUGUGUGCAGACAAAUUGAUGCUCUAAGCAUCUGCAGCGAGACCAUCGACUUGUAAGGACAGUUUGGUCAACAAAGGGCUGCAGUAAGGAUUAUUUUACAAAAGUGUGUGGAGAAAGCUGAACAUUUUUAAAUGUGUAUAUCUGGACCUGCAUAGCAUUUGCAUACGCCAUAAAUACAAAUGGCUGCCAAAAACAUUUUCAGAUGGUUGAUGCUUUCUUAUGGAGUUAUUUAGUGAAUGUCUGAGGGACUAAGUGCCAAGAAUGUCAAAAGCCAAAAGGGUGAUUUCUAACUUUUUCAUGUUUGAUAGACGCUGUUGAAGUUUGUUACAUGGAAAGUAAUAACGUUUUACUGCGUGGAGAGAACAGAAAUUUAGUUGUACAAAUACUUUUAAUUGCACUUAAACAUUCCAAUAUAGUUACUGUGACUGAGCUAAGCACUUAAUAUACUACUGAAACUCUAUGGAAUUUAGCAGAACAUUGUUAUUUAAUCUCACUAUAUAUAUAAAAAAGAUGAUUCUUACAUUUUCCUUUCUGCAGUAAUGACGCAGCAGUGCCUCCUGCUGGUAAAGCCCUGUUACCUCAUGCUUUCUCAUUUACCACGCUUCUACGUGCACAUCUGUAGAAUCAUAACGGUUUAAUAAAGUGUGUUUAUUAAUACUUUGUGUAAACUUUAGAAAAAUAAGUGUCGAGGUGAGACAAGAGGCCAUUCACAGUUUGAUUUCUUUAUUUUUCUUGAACAUACUGAACAACAAAACUAACUUCAGUCUGUUGAGUGUUUUACUGUAAACAUAGUCUGCAGUAAACCCUUGAAUGGAUUUCUUGAAUACAGACUCUUUUUCAUCCACCUACACAGCCCUCUUUCACCCAUGUUGAUUGUUGGUUUACAGACACGGUCCUCAAUUUAAAGAUGAAAUCAUAAUUAAGUGCAAAGAAAAUGUUUAAAACGUGUAAACCUCAUUCAUUAGCGCAUUUGGGCUGUUUAGGUGGACUAACAGGACUCAGUUCUUCACAAGACUUUAAAAACCUAAACGAUCAUCUUCAUGUGGGGAAACUGAAAAACGGCAGCAGCAGUUAUUUUCAGCUGAAUAUAGGUGUUUAUAUAUUCCUCUAUAUGCACGCGUGAAUGCACGCUCCCAUUUCAGAGGAAAAGUACACGAGCAGGUUAGAGAAACCAACAAUUUGGGACAGAUAAUUAAAAAUAUAACACCUGGAAAAAUGGACAUUGAGUAUGAAAAAGGUUAGAAAAGCUUAAACCUGCGCGAGCUGAACAGUAACGAACACAGAAAUACUGUCAAAGUAAGAAGCAGUAUGUGUAGCGGCGAGUGUUUCAGCGUGUCUCCACUGUGCGGUCGCAUUUCAAGGCAUUUCUCCGUGGAAUAAAAAGAAGAAACGAGAACUAAUGGCGUCACGGAGGGAGGACCCACGUCUCACAGAGCGCACAAACAGGCAGACUUGUAACGAGGCUACAAGCAACUUGCGUCGGUUUUGGUUCUGAAGUUACAAAAAAAAAAGAAAAAAAAGAAAAAAGAAACAAAAA